AUGGACGCGCGUAGACGCACCACCCUCAUGCAGGACGGACCAUACGGUAACGCUAUGCCAUCAGGCAUACCGGUCCCCUCUUCAACGGUCAAGAAGAGCGCUCUUCGCGCGCCUGCGUCGAGAAUGUCCAUGGCGCCAGCCGCGGGUCAUGGCGGAUCACAACCUACAAGAGGAUCCAUCAUGGGCGGAAUGAGUCACUCAGCGAGUCAAGAUACUCUGAGGAGGUCGACUAUCAAUCGACAGUCUCAGAUGGGCGGCGGUCGGGUGCAGGGGAAGCCAGAAGGGGGAUACGUUGGGCAAACCCCUCAAAGCAACCGUAAUAUGAACGGGAUGAGCAGUGUCCGUCGCCAGUCCACCUUCCCUUCCUCAUCCCGCCCCUCCAUGCUCCCCCCAUCAGCCGCCGCUGCUCGAGACGGCCGACCCGUAAAGACCGCCGCUUUCCAGGCGUCCUGCCGCGAGAAUAUCGAGCAGUUCUGCAGAACCCAACGCUGCCCUAUCGCCAUCAACGACCGUACACUACACUCUCCGACGCAGAAGGACUUCCUCCAGAUCUUCCGCUGGCUCAUCUCAGAGUUCCUCGACCCGUCGUUUCAGUGGGGUCUCAAGGCGCCCACGGAGGAGAUCCUGUACAUCCUUGGAGAUCUGCGGUAUCCCGGUGUGGGUAACAUCAGCAAGACAGCGCUUGCAGCUCCCGGGAGCGCGUCAAACUGGGGGACAUUAUUGGCGAUGCUGAACUGGCUGGUGGAUCUUGCCAAAGCACAUGAGAACUGGGUGAACCCAGAUGUUAUCAGCGACCCAUCACGCUGCAAGGCGUCCGACUUGCCCCUCGAUCAUCCGUUGCUGGAGGACCGGGUCCUAUGGGACUUUAUCAGCCAGACAUACGUCCGGUGGUUCCGAGGAGAUGGAGAAGAGUUUCCAGAGAUCCAGGCCGAGGUGCAGGAUGUAUAUGAUCGAAUAAAUCAAGCGUCGGUAGAUGAGUCGGACGAGCUCGAGACGCUGGUACAUAAGCGGACUGUCGAACUGCAACAACUGCAGGCGCAGGAGCCACCCCUCAAAACCCUCGAGGAGGAGUAUGUACGCUUGAUGAGCGACAAGACCAAGUUCAUUGCGUUUAUCGACCUUCACAGGCAAAAGGCGGACAAGAUCAAGCAGGGCACAGCAAAGGCCAAGGCUGUCAUUUCGGAUCACGACCACCAGCUCGGCGCCGCCCGCUCAGAACUCGGAUCCAUCGAAUCUGCCGUCUCUGCGCAGAACCUCUCACCCGACGAAGUCCAGCGUAUGAACCACGAGCGCGAGACUCUCUCUCGGCAGAUCGAAGACCUGCGCCUCAAGACAGCCGAGGCUAGCCAACAAUCCUACGACCAGGAAAUGUCGGUCACUCGCUCAAUGGACCGAUUCGAGCAGCUCCUCGCGGACUAUACGGCUCUCGGACAUCAAAUCGGGACUAUCCCGCCCAUCUCCGAGGGACCGAUGCUCGGGCCGGACGGUAUCGACUACUCGGUCGACCUCGACUUGGGCGUGGAGGAUGUGAACGAGGUGAUGGCCGCGGGAAGGCGCUUGCGGAGUGAGAUAUGGCCGGCGCUGCAGAGUUAUGGCGAGGGGUUCAGGAGGGAGAUGGUGGAGAUUGAGAAUGGGAAUAUUGCGCUGGAUGAUGAGAACGAUAGGUUGGGGCAGAAGGUCGAGAGGCAGAAGGAGGAGGCGGCGAAUUUGGAUAUGAGGCUCAAGGUGGUCAAUGAUCAGGCGGAGCAUGCCAAGACUCAAUUGCAAGUGGAGACGUCGAGCGCGAAUACGAGGAUAUCCAGGAUGGAGAAUGAGGUGGCCCAGGUAUUGAAGGAUACGCAGAAAGGGGUGGUGGAUCUCAAAGGAGACAUUGAGACCAAGAGAAUAGGGUUCAAUGAGCUCCGGCACAAGACGGGGAACCUGCAAGAAUCGAUUCAGAGGGAAAUCACAUCGCAUAUCGAUGUCAUUAUACGGGCGAAGGAACACGCCUCGAAUCAGCUGAAAGGGAUUCGAGGGAUCGCCGAGACUCACUAG